ACUCAAAUUGUUAAAUUCUAAAGUUCUCUCUCUCUCUCUGAUAUGAGCAGCCAUGGCUAGAAAUUGGAAGCUUUUUAAUUUGUUGCAGAACAAAAAGAUGUUCAACAUUAGCUUCCCUUCUUCACCAUGAAUAUGAAUCACCUUCAAUUCUUCAACUCUUUUUCUCUUUCAACAAUGUUCGGUAAAUCUGUUGCAGUUUACAAGCUUUCUCAAUUGGGAGCGAACUGGCAAUGGCGGGAAUUUGAUUCGACAUUGCCUUGUUUGUGGGAGUGUAUUAGCAUAGGGGUGCAAUUAGGGUUCUUGGGAGUUUUGUUCAUUCAAGUUCUUCAGAAAUGUGUCUGUUGGAUAUGGAAUUCUUUCAAUGGAGAGGGAAAAUCGACGGAUCAAGCUGCGCAAAACUGUCCGAUCAGUCGGAAAUGGAGCGUUUCUUACAGAGCCAGUGUAGCUUGUUCAUUCUUGCUGUUGGUGAUUCAUGUUCUUAUGGUUUUCGUUUUGCAAAAUGGAAGUGUUUCUCAUUGCAAUUCCAGAAUCGAAGUUAUUUCUUCAGAGAUAAUGAAAGUUAUUGCUUGGGGAGGAGCGGUUUUUGCAGUUUUUAGGGUUUUGCGCGAAAAAUCCGUCAAGUAUCCUUGGAUUCUACGAGGAUGGUGGUUUUGCAGCUUUGUUUUGUUGAUUGUUCAUCUGGUUUUGGAUGUGUAUUUCGGAAAUGUAAAGCGCUUAAGAAUGCAAGAUUAUGCCGAGUUUUUCAGCUUUCUUCCAUCGAUUUUCCUGUUUGGGCUUUCAAUAUAUGGACAUACAAACAUAGUUUUCAAUGUUAGUAAUGGCUUGGAAGACCCACUUCUUCCGGAAAAAUGCUUAGAUCAAGAGAAGGACGAGAAGGAUUCUCCUUAUGGAAGGGCAACGCUUCUUCAACUUGUUACCUUCUCGUGGCUUAAUCCCCUGUUUGCUGUUGGAUAUACGAAGCCGCUGGAACAAGAGGACAUACCAGAUGUUUGUAAGAUUGAUUCUGCUAAAUUUUUGUCCCAUUCCUUUGAUGAGACACUAAAUUUUGUAAAGAAGAAGAACAAUAGCACAAACCCAUCAAUAUACGAAACAAUAUAUUUGUUUGGUCGAAAGAAAGCAGCAAUAAAUGCAUUUUUUGCUGUGAUAAGUGCUGCGACAUCAUAUGUAGGACCUUACCUUAUUAAUGACUUUGUGAAUUUCCUUACUCGGAAGAAAAUGCGAACCUUAUCAAGUGGAUAUCUUCUUGCACUUGCCUUUGUUGGCGCAAAGACAAUUGAGACAAUAGCUCAGAGGCAGUGGAUUUUCGGUGCACGCCAACUGGGUCUUCGUCUUCGAGCUGCUUUGAUAUCUCACAUAUACCAGAAGGGGUUGCGUCUGUCGAGUCGAUCUCGCCAAAGCUGCAGCAGUGGGGAGAUCUUGAACUACAUGAGUGUUGAUAUCCAAAGAAUCACAGACUUCAGUUGGUUCUUGAACACUGUAUGGAUGUUACCCGUACAAAUUUCAUUAGCUAUGUACAUUUUGCAUACAAAUCUGGGAGUGGGGUCACUGGGCGCAUUAGCAGCUACUCUAGUAGUCAUGUCCUGCAACAUACCGAUGACCAGAAUUCAGAAAAGUUACCAGACAAAGAUAAUGGAAGCUAAAGAUAAUAGGAUGAAAACCACUUCAGAAGUUCUCAGAAACAUGAAAACACUCAAACUUCAAGCAUGGGAUACUCAAUACCUCCAAAAACUAGAAAGCUUAAGGAAAGUGGAGCACCAUUGGUUAUGGAAGUCGUUGAGAUUAAUGGGAAUUUCAGCUUUCGUUUUCUGGGGAGCGCCCACUUUUAUCUCCGUUAUAACAUUCGGGGUGUGUGUCUUACUGGGAAUUGAAUUGACUGCUGGAAGAGUCUUAUCUGCUUUGGCUACAUUCCGUAUGCUACAAGACCCCAUAUUCAAUCUCCCUGACUUACUCUCUGCUCUUGCACAAGGCAAAGUCUCAGCGGAUAGAGUUGGUUCAUACCUACACGAGGAUGAAAUACAGCAGGAUUCCAUCACUUAUGUUUCUAGAGACCAAACAGAAUUUGAUAUAGAGAUUGAAAAUGGAAAAUUCAGUUGGGACCUUGAAACAAGAAGAGCAUCUCUUGAUCAGAUAAACUUAAAAGUGAAAAGGGGGAUGAAGGUGGCAGUAUGUGGGACUGUAGGCUCGGGAAAGUCCAGCCUGCUCUCAUGCAUACUGGGUGAAAUAGAAAAGCUUUCUGGGACAGUAAAGAUCAGUGGUACAAAGGCCUAUGUUCCUCAGUCUCCUUGGAUACUGUCAGGAAAUAUUAGAGAGAACAUUCUUUUUGGAAAUGAAUAUGAAAGUACUAAAUAUAACAGAACCAUUAAUGCGUGUGCUCUGGCAAAAGAUUUUGAGUUGUUUUCAUGUGGGGACUUGACUGAAAUUGGAGAAAGAGGGAUAAAUAUGAGUGGAGGACAGAAGCAGAGGAUACAAAUUGCUCGUGCAGUUUAUCAGGAUGCUGAUAUUUACCUCCUUGAUGAUCCUUUCAGUGCUGUUGAUGCUCAUACGGGAACUCAACUCUUUGAGGACUGUCUGAUGGGUGCUCUCAAUGAGAAGACGAUAAUUUAUGUAACCCAUCAAGUGGAAUUUCUACCGGCAGCAGACCUCAUCCUGGUGAUGCAAAAUGGAAGAAUUGCUCAAGCUGGAGGAUUUGAAGAACUUUUAAAACAAAACAUAGGGUUUGAACUUUUAGUUGGGGCUCAUAGUCAAGCUUUAGAGUCCAUCGUCACAGUUGAAAACUCAAGUAGAAAAUCUCAACUAACAAAUCCAGAAAAAGAGCUGCAUGAAGAUUCUACCAUGAAUGUGAAGCCCAAAAACUCACAGCACGAUUUAGUGCAGGAUAAAAAUUCUGCAGAGAUAACAGAUAAGGCAGGAAAAUUGGUUCAAGAGGAAGAAAGAGAGAGAGGAAGCAUCGGUAAAGAAGUGUACCUGUCCUAUUUAACCACUGUGAAAAGAGGAGCAUUCGUUCCGAUCAUAAUCUUGGCUCAAUCAUCAUUCCAAGCUUUACAGGUAGCUAGUAACUACUGGAUGGCAUGGGCUUGUCCCACUACAAGUGAUACAGAAGUAGUAACUGGGAUGAAUUUCAUACUGUUAGUUUAUUCACUACUUGCUAUUGGAAGUGCACUAUGCGUUCUUCUGAGAGCUAUGCUAGUAGCCAUAACAGGACUUCAUACAGCACAAACGCUCUUCACAAAUAUGUUAUGUAGUAUACUCCGGGCACCAAUGGCAUUUUUUGACUCAACUCCAACUGGUAGAAUUAUAAAUCGGGCAUCCACUGAUCAAAGCGUUUUAGAUUUGGAAAUGGCUAUGAGGUUAGGUUGGUGUGCAUUCUCAAUAAUUCAGAUUAUAGGGACCAUUGUAGUAAUGUCUCAAGCAGCAUGGGAAGUGUUUGCUAUUUUUAUUCCUAUUACUGCGGCCUGCAUCUGGUUCCAACGAUAUUACACACCUACGGCACGAGAACUUGCUCGGUUAUCUGGGAUACAGCGAACUCCAAUCCUCCACCACUUUGCAGAAUCCCUAGCAGGAGCAGCUACUAUUCGUGCUUUCGAUCAGGAAGAUAGAUUUUUCAAAACUAACCUUUGUCUCAUCGAUGACCAUUCAAGGCCUUGGUUUCAUAAUGUUUCAGCGAUGGAGUGGCUUUCUUUCAGAUUGAACGUACUAUCAAAUUUUGUUUUCGGAUUUUCAUUGGUUUUGUUGGUAACUCUCCCCGAAGGAAUUAUUAAUCCAAGUCUUGCAGGCUUGGCAGUAACGUACGGGAUAAACUUAAAUGUUUUGCAAGCUUCUGUUAUUUGGAACAUAUGCAACGCAGAGAAUAAAAUCAUUUCAGUUGAAAGAAUUCUUCAGUAUUCGAAAAUAAAAAGUGAGGCUCCACUUGUUAUUGAAAAUUGCAGACCACCAAGCAAUUGGCCUCAAGAUGGGAGCAUUUGCUUCAAAAAUCUGCAGAUCCGUUACGCGGACCAUCUCCCGGAUGUCCUGAAAAACAUCAGUUGCACCUUUCCAGGAAGGAAGAAAGUGGGUGUUGUAGGAAGGACAGGCAGUGGGAAAUCAACUCUUAUACAAGCAAUUUUUAGAAUUGUUGAACCUAGAGAGGGAAGCAUUAUAAUAGAUGAGGUUGACAUUUGCAAGAUAGGCCUCCAUGACCUGAGAUCAAGGUUAAGUAUCAUCCCGCAAGACCCUUCCAUGUUUGAAGGAACAGUUAGAGGAAACCUCGACCCACUUGAACAAUAUACUGACCAGGAAAUUUGGGAGGCGUUAGACAAAUGCCAACUUGGUGAUUUGGUGCGUGCAAAGGACGAGAAAUUGAAUUCUUCAGUUGUUGAAAAUGGAGAAAAUUGGAGUGUUGGUCAACGACAACUAUUUUGUCUUGGGAGGGCAUUGCUCAAGAAAAGCAGCAUUCUGGUGCUUGAUGAAGCAACGGCCUCCGUUGAUUCUGCAACUGAUGGCAUCAUACAAAACAUCAUUAGCCAAGAGUUUAAAGAUCGAACCGUAGUUACCAUAGCUCAUAGAAUCCACACAGUUAUAGCUAGUGAUCUUGUCUUGGUCCUUAGUGAUGGAAGAAUUGCAGAGUUUGACUCACCGAAAAUGCUUCUCAAACGAGACGAUUCAUUUUUCUCUAAACUAAUAAAGGAGUACUCCACAAGAUCUCAAAACUUCAAUAGUCUAGCAAAUCAAAGGUACGAAUAAAGCUUUUGAGCAGCUCUCAGAACUAGAUUGAUAUUGGAGUCAUCAAAGAAACGAAGAACUGCAGUCUACAAUAGCGACCAAGGUAUGCAUAUUCAAAAGUAAAAUCAUUAAUGUCGAGUUGUAACCCCGAUCGAGUUGAUUCUAGGAUAAGGUAGGUGCACGAAAUAGGAAUCGAAACAUUGAGAUAACAUUAGUGGAAAAUAAUCCAUUGUAAUCUUUUUUAAGAUGACAAGAAAAUAGCAGAAGUCACCUAACUACAUUCUCAACAUUUCAUCUGAACUGCUGAUUACAAGCUUAUAGUCUUUUAUACUUUUGAAAAGUAAGGUUGCCAUAUAAUAAUAAUAUCUAUUCAAUUUUUUUAAAGCUU